UCCGCUAUUUGAGAUUUCAAAUGCGUCAUUUCAGAUAUCAUGGCGGCUUCGCUUGCGAAAAGAUGCGCGUCACCGGUAAUUCUCAAAACACUUUCAGCUCCUCAGUUGAGGAUGCAAUGUGGGUAUCACAAAAAGGUCGUGGACCAUUAUGAGAACCCAAGAAAUGUAGGGUCUUUGGAUAAAAAUGCCAAGAAUGUGGGCACAGGGUUGGUUGGUGCCCCUGCUUGUGGAGAUGUGAUGAAACUGCAGAUCGAGGUGGAUGAGGCUGGGAAGAUUGUGGAUGCCAAGUUCAAAACCUUUGGCUGUGGGUCUGCUAUUGCUUCUAGCUCCUUGGCCACUGAAUGGGUGAAAGGCAAAUCUAUUGAUGAAGCCCUCAAGAUAAAAAACACUGAGAUUGCUAAGGAGCUUAGCCUUCCACCAGUCAAACUGCACUGUUCAAUGCUAGCUGAGGAUGCCAUUAAAGCAGCUUUGGCAGACUACCGUCUGAAACAGGAAGGUGAACCGGAUGAAAAGACUGCCAUGGCCCACAACUAGGAGGCGCACUUGAUCCUCUAAAUCAGUGGUUCUCAACUGGUUCUUCAUGACCAAACGGGGUUUCAGGUCUGUUUUGAUUGGGUUGUGAUUCACAGGGACCAUGGAGAAUGCCCUAAAGGAUAACAGUGCUAAUUGCCUGUUUUAAAAUGCAACUAACCAUAUAAACAUGCAGAGUUAAAUUAAGCCCAAUACACAGGCUUAUCACCUUGGAAGAGAAUAAUGCAUUUAUUUUCUUCCAUCGUGCAAUGUUAAUGAUUUUGCAUAUUGCUGAGUCAUGGUAACUUUAAUAAAUCUCAGCGUUUAAAUUUGGAUCACCAUUUGAUGUCCAAUGUAAAAUCUAGGUCUUGAAACAAAACCAGUUGAGAACCAAUGCUCUUUAUCCUCCCUAUGAUUUUAGACCAAAGCUUCCCAACUCUUGCACUGUAGCCAGUCUUUUAAACGCACAAUAUAAAAGUACUGACCAAUACUACUGUUACAGUCUAAGCCAUAUUUGUUUAGAUAUGUUAAUGUAAUAAAAAAAGAGUGUUAGGCUAUGUUCACACUGCAGGCAAAUGUGGCCCCAAUCCGAUUUAUUAUUAUUUUUUAUUUUUUCGCUCGCAUGUGACUUGGAUCUGUUUUUCUCAUGACAGUGUGAACAGCACAUUCAAUUCCAAUAUGUGCCACUUCCAUAUGUGGUACUAAAUCCGAUACAGGUCUGAUGUUUUGCAAUGCGACCACAGUCUGAACAGUCAUUUCGGAAUUUAUGUGACAUUUACGUCACUCUAGAUCAACAUUUGUCAGGAUUCUGUGCUCAUGGGAGUUACUUCAAAGAUUUUACAUACCCAAAGUUAUCAAGACAGUUGCGAAAGGUAGUCAGAAGUACAGUGAUGUGUCAGAACUCUAGCACAUCUUAUAUCAUAAAAGUUUCAAAACUCCGCUCUCUUCUCUCACAUCCUAGUCUUUAUUUGUCAUAUUGCCUGUGCAUAACUGCGAUGGCUUCUGCGGCAGAUCACCAGUGUUGGGUAACGCAUUACAAGUAAUGCAAGUUACGUAAUAAUAUUACUUUUUCAAGUAGCUAGUAAAGUAACACAUUACUUUUGAAUUUCUAAGAAACCGUAGUUAUUUUUUCAAAUAAGUAACGUCAUUUACUUUUUUCCCCAUUUAUUGAUUGACAAGUCUCCUGUCGCGAAAUUGGGAGUAAACAUGAUGUUGUUCUAGACUAAAUGUGAACAUGCAAUAAUUCAUCUCACUCACAAAAAACAGAUUCAUUAUUCCUCAAAAUGAAUAAAAACAGUGAAAUGCAAACGCAACCCUGCAAUAAUUAAAUAUGUUAAAUAAAACAAAUAUCCUUUAUGUAUUUAAUCCCAUUUUAUUAACCAGUGUCUUUGCUGCUGACCGUCGAUGAUGCAAUUCAACCAUACUAAUAAGCAAAAAUUACUUUAGGUAAACUAACAUUUGUGCUUCAUUUCUUUUGUAGCUGAAGAGGGAUCUCCUGCAUAAAUGUACUUUUCUUUUAGCCUGAGAUGGAUUCAUUUCGCUUUUGGUGUAAAGGGGCUUUUAGAUUAGAUUUGUUUUAUAUUAUAAACAAAAAAGCAAGCCCUGCCCAGAUAUUAAAAGUAGUGCAACGCAUUACUUUCCGUAAAAAGUAACUAAGUAAUGUAAUUAGUUACAUUUUCAGGGAGUAACGCAAAAUUGUUAUGCAUUACUUUUAAAAGUAACUUUCCCCAACACUGCAGAUCACACAAUAAUGCCUAACUUACUUUAUGUCCUCCGUGUUUUCUUUCAUACGACAGCGCAUUGCGCAGGUGUUGCCAAGUCCACAGUUUCCCGCAGAAUUGGGCUACUUUUUCACUGUUGCUGUGGGUUGUGAGUUUUUCUUGAGCUGAAGUGAUCCCACUACCUCUCAGAAUGAGAUUAGGCUAGUUUUGAGUUGAUUUUGAGAAGCAAUUGGGUAGAUUUUGUUGUGAAAACCUGGCAACCCUGUUGUUGUUCUUGUGCACAUACAGGUGAGUUCAGAACCAUAAUCUGUUCACACUGGAAAUCAGUCAUUGGCCACAUUUACAACAAAAAUGUGAACAUCAAAAAUCGGAAUUGAGCACUAAGGCUCACAGUGUGAACAUAGCCUUAGUGGUUUCACUUGAUAGCUGAACUCGCACACAAAAUAUCUUAUUCUGUUAUUUUAGUUUGAAAGAACGAAAUGUGAUUCUGAUGGUGAUUUAUGCUGCUGAGCUUUUAUUUGAUGGCCUUUCAAACAUUUACAAAUAAAGCAUGUGUAAACCUCAA